GAGAACACUGUUUCUCUCUCUAAAAGUCACGUCGCCUCUCUCUUUCUCUCUCUAAAGCGCCAUUACUGAUUUCUCUGGAACUCCUUCUCCUUGUUCUUCUCCGGGAUUUGAAUUGGUGUUUCUUGGUUCAAAUUCAUCAUAUAAUCCACAAUGGUAGACAGUAAUAUUAGCAGGAUGGAUUCAAUGCAACACAGGCGAGGCGGUAUGGUGUCUCUCUCACCGUCUCAGACACCACGGUCGGGUGAUAAACUUGCCCGGGAAUCAAGAUCUUCUGACUCAAAUCUGACGAAUAGAACAGAUAAAGAGAAGGGUGUGAAUGUGCAGGUCAUUGUACGUUGCAGGCCAUUGAGUGAUGAUGAAGCCAGACUGCAUACUCCGGUUGUCAUUUCAUGCAAUGAGCAUCGGAGAGAAGUUUCCGCCACACAGAGCAUUGCUGGAAAGCAUAUCGAUAGAACUUUUGCUUUUGACAAGGUCUUUGGUCCGGCUUCCCAACAAAAGGACUUGUAUGAUCAAGCAGUCUGUCCAAUUGUGUUUGAAGUGUUAGAAGGUUACAACUGUACCAUUUUUGCAUAUGGUCAGACAGGAACUGGAAAGACGUAUACAAUGGAAGGAGGAGCAAGGAAGAAGAAUGGCGAGUUCCCUAGCGAUGCAGGUGUUAUUCCAAGAGCUGUUAAGCAGAUUUUCGACAUAUUGGAAGCUCAGAGAGCUGAAUACAGCAUGAAAGUUACUUUCCUUGAACUCUACAACGAAGAAAUCACAGAUCUUUUAGCACCAGAGGAGACAACAAGAUUCGUUGAUGACAAAUCAAAGAAAUCAAUAGCUCUCAUGGAAGAUGGGAAAGGAAGCGUCUUUGUCCGGGGCUUGGAAGAAGAGAUAGUCGGUACUGCAAAUGAAAUUUACAAAAUCUUGGAAAAGGGUUCUGCAAAGAGGCGUACAGCUGAAACCCUGCUGAACAAGCAAAGCAGUCGUUCCCACUCUAUAUUUUCGAUCACUAUUCACAUAAAGGAAAAUACACCAGAGGGAGAAGAGAUGAUCAAAUGUGGGAAGUUAAAUCUUGUAGAUCUUGCUGGUUCGGAGAAUAUUUCACGGUCUGGUGCAAGAGAGGGACGGGCAAGGGAAGCCGGAGAGAUCAACAAAAGUUUGCUGACUCUCGGUCGUGUGAUUAAUGCACUUGUUGAACACUCUGGUCAUAUUCCAUACAGAGAUAGCAAAUUGACACGAUUGCUGAGGGAUUCAUUGGGAGGAAAAACGAAAACGUGUGUAAUUGCUACGAUUUCAUCUUCCAUCCACUGUUUGGAAGAGACCCUCAGUACUCUGGAUUAUGCACACCGGGCCAAGAAUAUCAAGAACAAACCAGAGGUCAACCAGAAGAUGAUGAAAUCCGCUCUCAUGAAAGAUCUGUACACUCAGAUUGACCUCCUGAAGCAAGAGGUGUAUGCUGCUAGAGAGAAAAACGGAAUUUACAUACCGAAAGACCGAUAUCUUCAAGAGGAGGCUGAGAAAAAGGCAAUGGCGGAAAAAAUAGAAAGAUUAGAACUCGAAUCAGAAUCCAAAGACAAGCACCUCAUUGAGCUUCAGGAUCUUUACAAUUCUCAGAGGCUUUUAACUGCCAAGCUGAGUGAAAAGCUCGAGAAAACUGAGAAAAAACUCGAGGAAACUGAACACUCUCUGGUUGAUCUAGAAGAAAAAUACAGACAGGCUAAUGCAACCAUCAAAGAGAAGGAAUUCUUGAUAUGCAAUCUCCUAAAGUCAGAAGAAGCACUUGUAGAGCGUGCCUUUGAGCUCAGAACAGAGCUAGAAAAUGCAGCAUCAGAUGUUUCAGAUUUGUUUGCCAAAAUAGAAAGAAAGGAUAAGAUUGAGGAUGGAAACAGAUUGCUAAUCCAUAAGUUCCAGUCACAACUUACACAGCAGCUUGAGCUACUGCACAAAACCCUAGCAGCUUCUGUGACACAACAAGAACUGCAACUGAAACACAUGGAGAAAGACAUGGAGUCCUUUGUGUCUACAAAAGCAGAGGCCACUGAAGAACUCUGUGGAAGGCUAUCGAAACUGAAGACGACAUAUGGCUCCGGUAUCAAAGCUCUUGAUGAUAUUGCUGUGAAGCUAGAUGGAAAUUCUCAGUCAACAUUGUCUUGCCUGAAUUCAGAAGUUUCAAAACAUUCACAUGAGCUUGAAGAUCUCUUCAAGGGAUUUGCUACAGAGGCUGACACCUUACUACAAGAUCUUCAAAGUAGCCUUAACAAUCAAGAAGAGAAGCUAACUGCAUUUGCUCGGCAACAAAGACAGGCGCAUUUGCGUGCCGUGGAAACUGCAAGGUCAGUUUCCAAAUCGACGGUGGACUUCUUUAGGGUUUUAGACACUCAUGCAUCGAAACUGACCCAUAUAGUAGAAGAAGCUCAGACUGUUAAUGAUGCAAAACUUAGUGAAUUUGAAAAGAAGUUCGAGGAAUGUGCUGCGAAUGAAGAAAGGGAAUUGCUUCAAAAAGUGGCGGAACUUCUUUCAAAUUCUAAUGCUAGGAAGAAAAGCCUUGUCCAAAUGGCUGUAAACGAUCUCCGGGAGAGUGCUUCCUCCAGAACGGUCAAACUACAACACGAGAUGUCGACAAUGGAGGAUUCAACAUCUUCCAUUAAAGCAGAAUGGAGUCUUCAUAUGGAGAAAACUGAAUCAACAUACCUCGAAGAUACAUCUGCAGUUGAGGGCGGGAAGAAAGCCAUGGAAGAUGUUCUCAUAAACUGUCUGGAGAAGGCCAAAAUGAGUGCACAUCAAUGGAGGAAUGCCCAAGAAUCAUUACUCAGUCUAGAAGGAAACAACGUUGCUUCUGUAGACUCCAUUGUCAGAGGAGGAAUGGAUGCCAACGAAAACCUGCGAGCUCAGUUUUCGUCUGCUGUAUCAUCUUCUCUGGAUGAGGUUGAUGCUGCAAAUGGCAAUCUCCUCGCUUCCAUUGACCAUUCAUUACAACUUGAUAACGAUGCAUGCGCAAAUGUCAAUUCCAUGAUUGUCCCAUGCUGCAAGGAUUUGAGAGAACUGAAAGGUGGGCACCAUAACAAGAUCGUAGAGAUCACAGAUAACGCCGGGAAAUGUCUUCUCGAUGAAUAUGUGGUGGAUGAAUCGUCGAGUUCAACGCCGAGGAAGAGAUCGUUCAACAUACCGAGCAUCGGGUCCAUUGAAGAACUCAGAACUCCGGCAUUCGAGGAGCUGCUGAGGGAAUUCUGGGAGGCGAGAUCAUCGAAGCAAGGGAAUGGAGACGUGAAGCAACACCUGAUCCGUGCUUAUGAGGCUGCUCAGUUGUUGUCUGACUCCAGAUUUCCCCUCUCUGCCGUUAACUGAAACGGGCAGAUGACAGAAAAAUUAUGGUAGCAACGAUCUGUGUACAGAAAUGCGUACUUUAGCUGCUGCGAUCUGGGUUUUUUAAACUUUGUUUUUUUUGUUUUGUUUUGGGUUUGGUUUUGAGAGCAUUACACACGCAUAUAUAUACAUAAACAGACACAUAUAUUUGUUCUUUCGUUGUAGGGUUCUGAGUUAGAACCCUAGAAUCUGAAAUCUUCUGUUCAACCA